AUGGAUGACAGUAAGGUGGUCAGAGGCAAAGUAAAGAAGCCUGGUAAACGUGGUCGGAAGCCAGCCAAAAGAGACUUGAAAGCAAAACUUGAGAGGAGCCGGCAGAGUGCAAGAGAAUGCCGGGCCAGAAAAAAGCUGAGAUAUCAGUAUUUGGAAGAGUUAGUAUCCAGUCGAGAAAGAGCUAUAUGUGCCCUCCGAGAGGAACUGGAAAUGUACAAGCAGUGGUGCAUGGCAAUGGACCAAAGAAAAUUCCCUUCUGAAAUAAAGGCCCUACUCACUGGAGAAGAGCAGAACAAAUCUCAGCAGAACUCAAGCAGACAUACCAAAGCUGGGAAGACAGAUACUAAUAGCAAUUCCUGGUGAAGAUGAUGUAAAAUGAUGAAUCAGUGAUUGAAGCCAAUAUUCUAAUUUCCAUGGAGGAUGAAUAGGCAAGAUUAUGCUUCUUGGCUCCAUUUACUACCUACUGCUCAGUAGUCAUCUCUGUAAAUCUGCAAUUUUUACCAAAAUGUAUGAUUACAGAUCUCAAAAGAUCUUGCUUUAACUUUCAACUCUUAGAAAAUUUAUAAACAUUCAGAUCUGUUCUGUACUGCUACCCAUGACAUUUAACAUGUCAUGAAGCCUGAAAACACAAGAGUAGAGAGAAGUGACGAUUGUAUUUUUGCACCUUAACUCCACAUUGCUUUGUUGGUUAAUUUAUAUUCUUUUCAUGUAAUUCAUGUAAUUGUAUGUGUAUGUGUGUUUAGGUGUCACCUCCUUUCAUGUUUCUGAUUGCCCUACAAAGAGAAACCAAAUGGGUUGAUGGCUAACUGUAAGUUCUCAGCCUUUAUGGACCUAAUAUGAUUUCUUUAUAUUUACUUGAGUAAUGUUUAUUUUCUGCAUGAACCAUGAUUUCUCCUGUGAGCCAUUCCAGCAUAAGCUGUGAAUAUGUAUUAACAAGUAUAUACAUUUCUAUUUUUAUAAUCCAUAGAUAUGCCUGUUUUAAAUAAUGUACAUGUUUAAAAAAAUACAUCAAGAAAACCUUUAAGACAGCCUCUAUUUAAAACUUGUUGCUGUCUUAUCAAAAUGUAUUUAUAAAAGUUUGUUAGGUCCACACUUGGAGAAUAGUCAAAUUUUACUUUUAAGCAGGAAGUAACCUUUCAGGCAUUUCAGCAGUAUACAUUAUCUUGACAACUUAAGAGUAUGUAUGUAUGUUUCUGUUUUAUGUUUAUACACGUAUGUGGGGAGGACAAGAGUGAAUGUUCACACAUUUUCUUGUGUACUCAACUAAAUUGGAGAGUUACUAGAGAAUUUUUCUGGAGAAAAUGGGAUGAGGGCUGGGAUGUAGCUCAGUGGUAGAGUGUUUGCCUUAGCAUGCCUGAGGCCCUGGGUUCAGUCCCCAGCACUGGGAAGGAAAAAAAAAAAAAGAUGAAGAAACUAGCUGCUGAGAUUGAGUUUCUGCCUUGAAAUCUAGAACAAAACAAGGGGAAAACCAUUGGUAAAUUUAAUGACUGUAGCCA